GGGUCAUUCUGUCAGCCGUCAGUUCCAGUUUCUUUUAACAGACAUCAUCAACUGCAAAAACAAAAUUCCAUUUGUCGUCGCUUCAUUUCACAUCAAGUACGCUCCGUUCCUGUAGUAAUGAUUCAUCAUUCGCAAUUUUCUGCCGUGUCCUUUUCAGUGUGGGUGAUCGUGACGCUAUUGUUGUUCGGUUCCCGCAGUCAUGCCUUAGGUGACGAUGAUCAAGACGGUCCACCUACUCACCGUAGCAAUAACACACAGACGUCGGGUUUUAUGGCGAAUCAAGUCGGUCGAUUCCCGAAUGGCAACAACGAUGUUUCGCCCUUAUUUCGAUUUUCGCAGUCCUCCCAGUUUGGUUUACCUUUCCAAGCGGGCAUGGGCUUCCCGUUCAACAGUGCAGCAUUUCAACAAAACGGAUUCCCACAGCUAAACAAUUUCCAGCAAACUAGCCUUCCGCAGCAGAAUGGAUUCCAGCAAAACAAUUCUCCACAGAAUGGAUUUUUGCAGAAUGGAUUCCUGCAGGGCGGGUUUCCUCAAAAUGGUUUCCAGCAACCCAGCUUUUCGCCGAAUAAUUUUCGGCAAAAUACUUUACCACAAAACGGCUUCCAACAAAGCCUUCUCCAGCAGCAGAACGGCGGAAUUGGUCAAGGAAAUCAGUUCAGCUCGUUAGGACUGCAAAGUCAAUUGGGAGGAAAUGUGGGCCUUCAAAAUCAAUUAAGUGGGAACAGUUUUCAAAAUCAGCUAAGCGGGAACGGUUUUCAAAAUCAACUGGGUCUUCAAAAUCAGUUAGGUUUUUCGCAAAAUCCCCUGGAAUUAGGAUUAUUGCAACAAAACCAAUUGAGUCUCCAAAACCAAUUAGCUUUGAAGAAUCAGCUGGGUGUUCAAAAUCAGUUAGGUGUUCAGAAUCAGUUGGGUGUUCAGAAUCCAUUUCAACUUCAGAAUCAACUGGGGUUCCAGAACCAACUACGAGGGCAACAACAGAGUCCGUUCAGUUUUUCCCAGCAACUAGGGCCAUCUGGUUUUAACAACGAGCUGCUCGUGUCACAACUCGGCCUGAGUAAUCCUCAACUGACUUCAUCCAACUUGGGGUUCGGGCAGUCCAACUUCGGGCUCGGCUUUCCGCAGGGUAACAGUGGACUGUUGUUCUCAAACACGGGCACUGAAUCAGGAUCUUCUUCCACUCGUCCCAUAGGCUCCAACCAAGUCCUUUUGCAAGGAGGUCAGUUUCAAGAAUCUCCUUCUUCGUCGGGUUUGCAAUUCGGAAACGCAAAUCGCUUCCCCUUUGGAACGUCUUCAGCGACGAACAAUCGUUUCUCCAACAAUGGCGUCGGUCGGGGUGAGUCGCAGUUUGGCAGUCAGUUUGCUAGCCAAUUAAAUAGCGAUCCAUUCCUGAGUCAACGACCUCAGCUGCAGUUUUCGGCUAACAACGGACAGCAAAGCAAACAGGUCCGUGAAUUCUCACCGAACGAACGGGCCCUUUCCUUCAACGAUUCCUUCGAUCUUACUAGUCAGUUCCAGCCAAAUAAUCCCCAGCAGCAACAGCAGCCAAUGAAUAAUCCUUUCCUCUUUCAACAACAUUUAUCGUCGUUCAAUAGUCAACCGUUCGUUGGCAACUCCCAACUGUUGCCGCAGAACCAACAGCCGCUACGUCCACAGUUUAACCCUUUUGCCUUAACGCUGGAUCAACAACAGAAACAACAAGGCCAACAACAGAUGGUACCACAGAAAGAAUUUGCGACAUUCAAUAAUCGUCCAGUUCUUCAGCUUCAAACCGUCCCUUUCAGCAACGAUGACGACGACGACGCAAAACCUCUGUUUAACCAUCAAGCUCCUCAGCCGCAGAAACCACAACAGCAGUCAUUACCAAUGCCCAUUGCCAUGACUGACUUUUCGUGCGACGGCCGACCACCUGGUUACUAUGCUGACGUUAAGAACGGAUGCCGAACAUUCCACAUCUGCAUUGACGAUGGCUCUACUUCAGGCCUGAAGAGAUCGUUCGCUUGCCCCAAUGGCACACUAUUCGAUCAAGUGAAUAGCGUUUGCCAAUGGAAAGAAAGUAUGGAUUGCUCCAAAAGUGACCUUUUUUACCCUCGACGUGCUGCAAACACGGCGUCGGCGACGACGUCAUCCAACAGCGAAAUCCGCCCCACAUCGAGCCCCAUAAAUUCGCAGAUACCUUCACCGGUUGGCAAUUUCCCCAGCAGCACACCACCCACCAAUUUAAUGUUUUUUGGCGCUGGACAACCGAGUCCAGCAAUGGGCUCGCUUGACGCCGGGCGUAGUCUUGAAGACACGAGAAGAAAUGCUGAUAACGGAGGGAUUCGAACCAGAAGCACUUUGUAUGCUCCGCCACAAAUUCGACCACCCCUUUUCCGUCCAUCCGAGCGGCUAGAUGAUCUCCGAAAAGCCGCUUAAGUAGAAGGGUAUCAUUGUAAUUCAUAUAUCGUAUUUUAAGCAAAUGGUUAAUGAACGUUUACUUCAAAAUAUGGACCAUCGCCUUCGAUGACUUUGCCAAAGGGUUUUCCGAUGCCCGAUAAAUCUGAUAUAUCAUACCAUUGUUGUAUUAAUAUUAUAAUUGAAACAAAUUGGCGCUUUUCUUUUUGUUUUAAAUGUGUCAUUGGCCACAAUUUACUUCGUCCACAGUUUUUCCCAUUCACACAGCUUAUCGUAUAGCUUCCGGGUCAACGCUCUUGUAACGCAAACUAGUGCUUGACACGGAAAAAAAAAUCUACAUUUGUGCUAAUAUCUCACAACGCAACAAACUUCGAAAUCAUUAUAGACGGAAACUAAUGCGCGUACGAAAGGAAUAAACUGAUCCAAAGUA